UUGACAUUCAGACCGACCGAAGGGCGGAAACUCAGAAGCGGUAAUAAUAAUGGUUGAUUGUUUAUUUUGAUACUGUACUUCAAAAUGUGAACCUUGAAAGAAGACUGCUUGAUGUUUGAUUAACUUAGAUAAACAUGGCUCGUAGCAUUAAGUCCCGUUAUGCUUCCGAUAUGGCAUUGGACCAUUCUUCAAUGCAUUUGUUGGACACCCAUCGUGGAGGCGGCGGUACGCAGUCAGGCCUGGGUUUGAGAUGUAUGACGCCGGGCUCAACAGCCAGCCUGGGCAGAUCUGUCGUGCACCAGUCGCACGUUAUUACGGUCAGUGGAAAAUACCACAGGCCUAGACCAAAUAAAAGGUCUAAUAGUAAUGAUAACAGUGACGAGACAGGAUUUGAUAAUAGUUUUGAGCAGAGGAGAACAGCUAGCUUACCAAGAAUUGUCCAUGACCGAGUUGUAAUGAGUGUUGAAAACCUGAGUAGCACUCAAACACAAUCUCAGCAUUCUUUGGACCAUUUAGAACCUCUAUCUGAGACAGUAUCAGAGCUGCAUUUAAAUGAUUAUAAUACACCGAGGCCUGUGCUGUCUUCUUCAAAAGUGAUGAAUGGCAAGUCUUACAAAAAAAUGCGCAAGAAACCAUCUUUUAAAAACUUUGGUGGACUUGUUCAACGCAUGGUGCGACAAAUGAAAACUAUGGAUGUUGACACUCAUUCAAGCUCGUCGGAUUCUAGUGAACAUCUUGAUAACGAAACACAACCACCGUCCAAUUUUAAGGACAACAAAAAUACGAAAGUGAGUAAGGUUAAUGCAAAUGCGAACACAAAUGGUGACGUACCACGAUUACUAGGUGGGAAGAUGCCAGGACUGUCCGGUCUGAAGAAUCACGGAAAUACAUGUUUCAUAAACGCAAUUAUACAGUGUUUGAGUAACACGGACAUGUUAGCGGAAUAUUUUGUCCUGGAGCAGUAUAAGCAGGACUUGAAAAGGCUAAAACGGAAUCGUAACAGCAAGAAGUUUGGUACCAAAGGGGAGUUGACCGAACAAUUAGCCAUUCUCCUACGGGCAUUGUGGUCUUGUCAGUACACGCCGCAAUUAUCUAUGGAAUUUAAGAAAGUCGUAGCUCGCUAUGGAUCACAGUACCGUGGCAGCGAGCAGCAUGAUGCCCAGGAAUUCUUGAUGUGGCUUUUGGACAAAGUUCAUGAGGAUUUGAACAGCGCCACCAAGAAGAAAUAUAAGACUUACAAGAAUUCAAACGGUAGAUCUGAUGAAUACCUAGCAGCCGAGGCAUUAGCCAAUCACAUUCGCUGCAAUCAUAGCUUCGUACACGACCUGUUCCAGGCUCAAUUCCGCUCAUCGCUCACUUGUCCUAACUGCGGUGAGCAGAGCAACACGUUUGAUCCGUUCCUGUGCGUCUCACUGCCUUUACCGCAGAGGACUACACGACCAAUCAACGUGGUAAUGGUGUAUGUUAAUGCCACGCCGAGGAUUGUACGGUUUGCGAUUACGAUGAAAAUCGAGUCCAAAAUUAGUGACCUCAAGACAAGCAUUGCGAAGACUUGCAAUAUUACAGAAACUAGGAUGAUCUUAACAGAAGUUUACUUUGAUGGUUUCCAUCGUUCCUUCACGAAUAAACAGCCGCUGAGAGAGAUACAUGACGGUGAUAGUAUAUACGCCAUUGAGAUACCUCACAACCCGCAAGACUUGGCCAACGCCACCAACGUUGUUCCGUUUGUUCAUGUCCAUUCAUUCCGUCAAGCCCACGAUGUCAUUAAAUUUGUGUUUGUAAAUCAACAAGGGACUGGUGUUGGUGGAAGAAGGUUCGGCUUACCGGUGGCGAUAGAGGUUGACAGAGGGGUCACAUUCCAACAGCUACAGAAGGUCAUACUGAAAGCUUUAGAAUGCAAUAACAUAGAAGACGCCCUAAACCAGGGUACCUUGUUCAAGCUGGCAAUUAUAAAUGAAUUCGGCAACCGAUGUUACAUUCUAUCAGAAGAACUGAGACCACUACAUAACUCAAUUGUUAAUAAGAUGUUGCAGUUGUCAGAAACACAGGGAGAGCCAUGCCAUGUGAAGGCAGUUAUUGAGUGGGACAAGGACUUGAGGACGAGGUUUUCUCAGUGGGUGUUGUCUAUCUACAUCGAGGAACAUGAAAGUGUUAAAGCAGAGAGACUUGCUCAUCAGAAACCAAUCGGAGCAAAUCUGUUUGACUGCUUCGAUCUGUACACUAAGGAGGAGAUGCUUGGAGAUGAUGAUGACGCUUGGCAUUGUUCACAUUGUAAGAAACUACAGCAAGGAACCAAAAAGAAACUUGGAUUAUGGUCUCUACCCGAUAUCCUUAUUCUACACUUGAAAAGAUUCCAACAAACUGAUUCCACACGAAGCAAACUCAACACACUGGUGCAAUUCCCGGUCAGCGGUCUGGAUUUAUCGCAGUAUCAAGAACGCAGGCUUCAACACGGGUCACACACAAACACUCUAAACACACUAACAAGUUGGUCUCCCUGGCGUCAGCACCGGCGACGCUCAAUGCAAUACAGCGAUAGUAAUGUGUACGACCUUUAUGCUGUCUGUAACCACAUGGGAACAUUGAGUGGUGGACAUUACACUGCUUUUUGCAAGAAUCCAACAGACAACCAGUGGUAUAACUUUGACGACACAAAGGUGACACCAGUCCAAGAUGACAAGGUGAUAACAAAGGCCGCUUACAUUCUGUUCUACCAUCGCCGAUGCCUCUCAAACGGUAGCGUCAGCUCUGGCAGCUCUACAAGUUCAUCGACCUCAGAGCAUUGGGUGUAUCGAACGCCUGCGGCUAAGGCCAAUGGUUAUAAGCAUGCAAACUCUCAAGGGAGUUCUCAAGAUGAGGAGAUGCUGAGUGAAGCUGAGGCAACUGAGAAGGACUCAAAGAAGAGAUUAACCUUAAGUCGGUUACAACGUUCUCUUAGCAUGCGUCUGACGUUACGGAAAACCAAGAAGAGAACAGCAAACAAGCCAUCGACACCAACGACUGCAGAAGUGGCAACAGAAACAGAUUCAACAACACCAACAACAGACACAAGUAAACCUCCAGAAUCAAGUGUAUAAAUGUAGGGUUUAUGUCCAUGUUUUUAAACAAUAUAAAUUACCUUACAUAAGUCAUCCCCAAUAUGGUUUUUAGAUAGCUAAUCUUAGCUUUACUUGAUGUUCUUCAUCGCUUUUUGUAUUACUACAGCUGAUAAUAAGUUAUGUAAGUCUAAGUUAAGAAUAAGUAUUAUAAAUAUACAACUAAAAAGGUGUCUGCUUUAAUAAUUUGCUCCACUGAAAAAAAAAGUAGCCAUAGAGGGUCCACUAACAUUUUGGUAGAUUUCAGGUAAACAAUCCGUGAGAAAAGAUGAUUACAGUUACUUCUAACUGACUGAGUGUUGCAACUCGGUUUAAGUUGAUUAUCUGAAUUUCUCUUAACUCGAUCAGAUGGUCUGCAAAGCCACGCCUCUGGAUAUUGUUGCUAAGUUCCCACAAAAUCAUGUUUGUGGGACAAUACGUUUUGGCAGGCCUGGUCCUGAUUGGUCAGUUUGAUUGAUACUCUGGAAAAGUUCAUUCCUAUUGGUCUGUAUAUUAUGUAAACAAUCAUUGGUUACUGGUACAUCGGUUAAAUAGUUGAUGUUAGGUAGCUGGAAAAAGAAGUGUAUAAAUAAAAGUCAAAUCAUAAUUUAAAUUUUUGAUAGCAUAAAUGUGAACAAAUUUUAUAAAAUGUUGAAGAACCUCCCAGUAAAACUACCAAUGAUAAUGAUAUUUAAAAAUACUACCAGAAGAGAUCUUUCGUAACUUAUUUGCAAUAUCUGUAAAUCUUUAAUAAUUUUAUUCAAAUUGAUGAUUAAAAAAAUAUAAAAAGUAAACUGCUUUUAAUUUUAAAAGAAAAAAAAACUUUUUAAAUGAAACUCACUCCUUGUGUUAAGUAAAGGCAAUAGUUAAUUUAAAAAUGAUAAUCAUUAUAGAAUGAUUGGAUGAUAAGAAACUGUGUUUGAUUGGCUUAAUAAAAGCUAGGUUUGUAUAUUGUAUUAUAUAAUGUUGAUAAUUGUAAGUUUUAAAUUUAAAAAAUGUACCAAAACAUAUAUCCUGAAUUAUGUAUAAUAAUUUUACUUAGGAAACUGGAGGAUUUUAUACAAGUGGAUUAGGCUAUGUCUGUAUAUUUGUACAAAACUGAGGUCUAUUUUAGGGAUGGUAGUAUAUAUUUUUUGAUUUUGAUUUCACUUCUUCGGUUGUCCAUAAAAAGUUGGUGAUUGUAUUCCAUGUGUAUUUGUAUAUAUGCCAUGAUUCCUAUAGUCCGUUAAUACUAGUCACAUAUUGGUAAUCACUACACUAAUAUUUAAAACCGAAAUUUGUAAAAAUUUAAGGAUAGAAAUAAUGUUAAAGACAGGGAUCCCAAAUUUGGAAAAGUCACUUUCGGACAUUCUUGAGAGACCACUCCAAAUUUUCAGGUGCCAGAGGUGGUCCCGAAUUAGAGGGCCAACUGUACUUGCAAACAGUCAGAAUUUGCGAGAAUUGAGUUAAUAUCUGGAAGAUUGUUGGAAGCAGCUUCCGAGAGUAUUCCGCAACUUGUCGCCGUAACUCAUGGGAAAAUUUGGAUCCCUGAAAACAUAUACCAUCUAUGUUGACCUAAAAACUCAAAUUCAGUACCUGCAUUGCUAACUUUGUCUAUUUAAAAACAUAUAAAUUAUUAAUAGAAGAUUAUUUACAAUUAACUGACACACAGGCAUUACCCUAAAUGUAUUUAUAUGUGGGCAUGUUGAUGUCAUAUCAUACCAUAUAUGGGCAAAUAAUGGGUAUUGUCAUAAAAAAUGUGUGUAGUAAAACAUCUCUAAUUCAUCAAAGACAACUGAAUUGUUUUUUUCUGUUUAGAUAAUUAAUAAUUAAGAGAUAAUCUGCUUGGUCCAUUUAUAUGCACCUUUCAAGUUUUCACCUCAGAUGGUAUAUGUUAUGAUUUAAUAGUAUUUCUUCUGGAAAUUGUAAACCAAUUUAAUCAACUCGUAUUAAAUUAGGUUAUAAGACGUUUAUUGGGAUGUGUGUGCGUGAACAUUAGAAAGCUAUAAUUAUUCUUACUUGUUGCCAAAUACAAAAAAUGAUGCUUAUAUAAUUUUUUUGUUGAGGCAUUUCUUUUUAGUAAAGGUUUUUUAAAUUGGUUCUACUCUAUGGUAGACCAGAUUUCAUUAUUAAUGUGUUGGCUACAAAGAAUAUGAAGCUCUAUUUUAGUGAUCAUAAUCUCACAUCUCAACAUUGUAUAUCUGAUAAUAAUGUCAGAUUCUUAAGUGAUCAUUUAAUUAGAUUUGCAUUUUUCUGGUCAUUUCAUGAGCUAUCUGUACUGGUUAUUGCAAUUAUUUUGGGUGAUGCAGAUUCUUGAGACAAUCUCGCAGGUUUUUGUGAUCAUUUCAUGAGAUGUGGAUGCUUAAGUGUGAUCAUUUCAUGAGAUGUGGAGGCUUGUGAUUAUUUUCAUGAGAUGUAUCAACUCUGUAAUUUAUUAUGAUCAUUUCAUAAGUUACAUCAACCAUACUGUUUUUUGUGAUCAUUUCUUGAGAUGUAUCAGUUACUGUAUAUAUAUCUUUUUGUGAUCAUUUCAGAAAAUGUGUGGACUCUCGUUGAAUGUGCGAUCAUUAUCAAACCCUUUCUGUAAUCUUGAUGAUAUAUAUAAGUAAUUUACUAAAGUUCGUCUGAUAAUGUAGACUUGAGUUUGUAAUCAUUAGGUCAGGUGUAUUAACUCAUUCUGUAUUACUCUGAUCAUUUUAUCAGAUAAUCAUAUGAUUAAUUUAUCAGAUGAUUAUAUGAUGCUGGAUUAUCUGACAAUUUAUAUUUUUGUGAUCAUUUGAAUGCAUUUUUAUUUUUGUAUAUAACUUAAGAUAACUUUUACUUUACUUAUUACAGUUUUAUUCUUGCGAUCAAAAACAUCUCGUUUCAAACUUUGUUUAUUUUUAUUAGCUGCCUAAGAAUCUAUCUGAAUAAUGUAAUAAUUUUCAUAUCAAACUCAAAGAUGGCGCCAGAAAAUUCAAGGUCGCUGACAGCAACUGAGAUAAGUACAUGCAACUCUAGAUGCUUAACGGUCAAGAGAUUUCCAAUAAGGGGGUCUGAAACUCGUGCUACCGUUCCAACCGAUCACACCUUGGUGGUAUCACCUAAUGAGAUGUUUCAACAGGUUUUAGUGAUAAUUAUGUUGCGAUCUAUUUUUACAUUUCCGAUAAUUAUCACAUGUAAUAAUAAUUAGCCAAUGUUUUUGCCAAUCAUUUUGUCUGGUUGUCUGAAAGUGUAUCUUUAUAAUAAUUCGUGUGAUUAUUACUGUAUCAUCUCUAAAAUGUAGCCAGAUUACUAUGAUUCCCACCUUAUUUUUUGAAAACCUGAUCUUCUUAAAAAAGUAAUUUGCGCUGUUGGUUUAGGAAUGCAUAAAUUAAUGUAUCUGUAUUCAUGCGAUCAUUUCAUCAGGUUUUCAGAGUUAAUAUGUUAAUAGCUCAGGUUUAAGUAUAAAACCAGCAUGAGAAAACAACUCAAUAUUGUCAAAAACAGUAAAUUUGUGAGAAUUGUGUAGUCGUUUGAUUGUUUUUAAUUCACACUAUCAAGCUGUAUGGGACAAGUUUGUGGAAUUUGCCCAUAUAUGGGCAUGGUGACGUCAUUUUACUUUCAUAUAUGGGCAAGAUGAUGUCAUAUACCAUAUAUGGGCAAAUAACAUGUUGUCACAUAAAAUUUGGCUUCUGUCUUCAAUUGGUGUUCACAAGUUCCAUGUAACACGUUUGUGGAAAUUUCCCAUAUAUGGGCGUGGUGAUGUUGUAUCACAUUCAUAUAUGGGCAUGUUGAUAUAUACCAUGGGCACAUAACAAGCAGGUAUUAUCACAUACAAUUUGAUUUCUGUGUUCAAUUGUUGACCUCACCACACUUUUAAGUUCCAUGUGACAUGUUUAUGGAAAUUGCCCAUAUAUGGGCAUAGUGAUGUCAUAUUACAUUCAUAUAAUGGGCAUGUUGAUGUCAUAUCAUUCCAUAUAUGGGGAAAUAACAGGUAUUAUCACAUAAAAUGUGUUUGUGUGAUAGAGCUUAAUAUCCUAAUAUUGAUUUAGUAAAUUGAUUUCCUCUCAUGUUAUAUGUAACUGGUUCAGGGUAUAUCCUUACACAGGUCAGUGUACUAUCAGCUAAUCAUUAUGCAAAUUGCCUGAUGUACUAACAUUGAUUGUACAGUGUCUCUGAUUGGUCAAUAUUCAUAAUGCAAUAGAAACCCAGUUUUAUUGUUUCCAUCAAUUUUUAGUGAUCUAAUAUUUAGAAUUAAGUCUUAUUUUUAGUAAUCAAAUUCUUUGCUGUAAUACUUUUAACUAAAAAGGUUGGUCUCAUUGAAUCAUCUUGGGGCAUGUCUUCUUUGUGUACCUUGUUACGGUUUUGCUUAUUUGCAUAUGUUCUUUAGGUCAUACCUUUUUUCCUGCAUGAUUCUUCUUUGGUUCUACUCAUUAGCUUUUUUAAAUGGCAAUGACAAGGUGUGUUCCUAGUUUUAAUGAGUAAUUUUUAAAACAGUCUGCGUUAAGUGUAAAUGUUAAUCUUGUCGGACCAAUCUUGUUAUCUCUGGAUAUUUGGUGGUAGUAUUUUUUUAAUUGUUUACUAUUUUGACAUUUUAUUCACACUUAAUGUAUAAUUAUAAAAAAAAUGUUCUUGAUGGCAGAACCAUACCUGUGACGUUCCAUUUAAGAUUGUAGUGGAUUUUAUACCUGGAUACAAAAAUCAGUAGCCAGUAACCAAAAUGUAGAGGGCGGCUUAACUAAACAAUGGAGAAACAUUGAAACAUGUCAGUUUAGCAUUAAAGUUUAGAUUCCUAUCAGAAUUUAUAUAUCAGUGAAUGUUCAGAGACCAUUCAGAUGAAGUUCAGUACCUUGAUGUUGCUUUGUGUAAAGAUUAUAUAACCAUAUUGUGUACUAAAGUCAAGUAUAGUACUGUACUUAAUUUUCAUUUAAAAAAAAAACAAUUUUGGACAUGGUGGAACAGUUAAAUUUAAGCCAAUUAAAAUGGAUAUAAUACUGUUGUAAGGGUAAAAUACAACACUUUCAACUCAAAAAGCCUUCUGUAUAACAGAUUAUAUUAUACGCAUGUGAUGCAAUUAGUUUUUUGGCCUUUCGAGGUUGAAAAUUACACCCCAAUAAUCUGUGGUUUUUUUUUUUACCCAAGACAAUGUUGUCUGAGGUUACAUUAUCCAAUCAAGUGCCAAUAGUUUGUCUUGUGAUUUUUGUCAACAUAUUGGUGCCAAACCUAAACUUCCUACUUAUUUAUCUAUCCAUCAAUGGAUUCCCGCUGCAUUCCUCGUUGUAAUACCGGUAUUGACACAUACAUUCAGUGGUGGCACCAGGUAGGUCCGUCACUACGACAAAGUCAUCGGACCAAAAAUAAUAUUUUACCUAUCCACAUAACGUUAUUUUGAUUGCUUAUCACUAAUAUUAUGGUCUGAAAAGAAAAUUUGGGCCAUGCUAUGCCUGAGGCACUGAGUCAGUCCAGGGCUCGUUGAAUCUUCCUGAGCAUGUGCUAAUAACGUAUAACUGAAUUUUUCCCAGCGCAUAUCCACUUUUAUACUGAACAUGCAUGUGCAAGAUCACAAACUAUUUGUAGCCACAGUCGCGUUAAAACCUAGUUCAUAUUUAAAUCAAAGUAUGGGCUGCAGCAUGAUUUUGUAGAGGUACAGUCACCCAUUUUCUUACUCAAAAUUUAUCCAAUUUUAACGGCUUAAGGGACAUGAGCACACCAUGCGUUAAAACUAUAUCACGUGCGUUGUACUACGGUUGUACGACCUUUGGCCGACAAAUCCAACUCAUACUGAUUAUCGGUGGCACUCUGAACAAGUUGUAAUUAAAAACGAUCUGUUGCAUGCGCAUUGUGCCAUUGCGUUCUCCAUAGAAUUUCGUCGAUCUGCGACGACCGUCGGGCAACGGGAGUGCCUCUCUUUAUAUGCUUCAGUUUAAUAGUUAAAUGUAAACUGAGUGGUUGCCUCAAUGGGCUGUUCCAGUUGAACUACAGCAGGUUGUUUAUUUAAGUGGCUAAAACUUUACUUUGUAUAUCUAAAUCCAAGGAGUUUAGACAUAUAAUACAUGAUUGUUAAAUUAUCUUGUACAAAAUGUGAAUUUAUCAUUGAAAUACUGGAUGUAUUGUAAUCAUACUUUUUUUAUGUUAAAAUUUUAAGGGGAUUUUUUUAAAUCAAUACUGUGUGACACUUAAAUUGCGAUACACCAAAAAAAUCGUACACAACCUGUAUUGUUGCAUAUUAAGCACACAUUUGUGGUUAGAUGAUUACUAAAAUAAAGAUUAUAUUUCUGAAAACUUCAUGUAGGUAGAGUUACCAAAGUUGUAAUUGUAUGAGGGCGCCCUACUCUAUAGUGUGUGAGGGCACUCUUUUUUGAAUAGUAAGAAUACUAUUGAAAUAAUUUAUUUUACUUUAAUUAGAUUGAUGUGUUGAACAAUAUCCGGUAGUUUUCUCUGUUGAAGAUAAAAUGUUUACACUUAUUACUUUUAUGAGCCAAUUCAUAGCGGAAUUUCGCUUCAAGUUUGUAAAAAAAAUAUAUUAAAAUCCUAAUAUUUAUGAUUUAUCUUAAAUUUUCUUGUAAAAUGCUUUCUGUUUUUAUCAAAUAUUUGGUACAGAAUUCUUUAGAAUCACAUUUACUUGAUGUCCGCAUGUCGAUUUCAUUCCCGAGAAAAUACUUUUUGACCUACACUGACCUGAAGUGAGUAUUUUCAGAUCAAAAUAAAUUCAAAAAGCUAUCAAAA